AUGUUUGGAGGUAGUUCAUCACCACUGACAUACUCUCGUUACUCAUUGGCUGAUAGACAAUGGUAUACUGCUGACAUUGUAGGAGUGAUUGGUGGAAGAUCAAUGUCAACAUGUUAUGACGGUGACAAGUACAUCUACUUGAUGGGAGGCAUUGAUAAUAUAAAGGAAUGGUACUCUGAUAGAGUAGAUUGUUAUGAUAUAGAAUGUCAACAGUUCAAACAUAUUGGCACUCUGCCUUAUAAGUUAUCAAAUCCUAGUGUAGCCUAUAACAAGUCGACUCAAUCAAUCAUUGUGGUUGGCAAGAUGGACAGUGUUGGCAAUAGAUAUCAAGAAGUAUUAUCAUUCAAUCUAAACACAUUGAAGACAUCUGUAAUCAUCAAAGAUCUAAAGCUCAAUUCAAUGUCCGUAUGUGCCAUUGAUGGACAUGAUGGCAACGUCUAUGUACUCAACUCGCACGAUCAUACAUUCAAGAGAUAUAACUUGUCGACCAAACGAUUGACCAAUCUAUCAACACCGCCAUCAUCAAUGGCAUCCUACUACUCCACAGUAUUGAAUGAUCGAUUGUUCAACAGUCUUAUCUUUAUCCAUUUCACAACCCAAUCAAUGCGAUACUCAAUCAAAGAUGACCAAUGGAUACAAUCAUCACAAGCAUUCACACAAUCUGAUGAUAUUGUUUGUGCAUGUAUACUUCAAGAUUGA